CCUUGGCCAUCCAUAGCCAGUUGUCCAGUUCGACCGUGAGGUUGCUGUUGCAUAUCGAGCGGUGACCGGAGAGACGCGUUUAGAGGUUACCAUAUCUAUAUAAUUUCCAAAUACGUAAUUAAAAGACACAGAAUGUCGAAGAGCGUAAAAAAGCUGAAGUCGAUGAAGAAAGUAGUGGAGAAGGUGAUGCACACCACGCCUCUAAAGCUGUACGUUCCUGCUUGCAUGGCCAUGCCGGGUCCACCGCUCGGUCCUCAGCUCGGCCAACGAGGUAUAAACAUUGCGCAUUUCUGCAAGGAGUUCAACGAGAAGACCAAGGACAUCAAAGAAGGAUUGCCCAUACCCUGCAAGAUCACGGUGAAGCCGGACCGCAGCUUCGACCUGGAGAUGAUCAACCCUCCAAUCUCGUACUUUGUGAAACAGGCAGCAGGCAUCGACCGCGGAGCCAUGUAUCCAGGGAAGGAGACUUCGGGCAUGAUCACACUCAAGCACGUCUAUGAGAUCGCAAAAAUCAAGAGCCAGGACAGCAUCUAUGACUGUGUGCCCCUGCAGGACAUCUGCAAGGACGUAAUGCGGCUUGCCUACAGGUGUGGAGUCAAGGUUGUCAAGAGCCUCUCCGCAGAGGAGUACCGAGAAUUCCGCGAAGCUCGUGAAGCUGUUGUCAAGGAGCAGCUUGCAGCAUUGGAGGAGAAGCGGCAGGCAAAGCUGCUUCGGACCGCUGCUUGAGGCUGUGCUGCAGUUGGUGAAUGUCUGUUUUGAACGUCAACACAACUUAGAGACAACAUGAAAGGUUUCAUGGAAGUGCGUGGUUUACAUUGUACAUCAUGGUGUUGAGAAAUUACAUUGCUUCUUUUAGCUGCUGAGUGAAUGUGAUAAAAGCAUGGAAUAAAAUCACCAUGCCACCCACA